UUAGCUAUUUUUGCUGCAGAUUUCACUUAAAUUGUUAAAUUUUCUUGAGAUUUUGUCACUCGAAUUAAGGGGGUUCUCUAUUGUUGCUAAAUUAUGUGCUGGUUUCUGGGUAUACCUUUAUUAUUUUUGCCUGCUUAUGCAUCAAGUAUCUGACCUUUUUUUCUUCAAGUCAAUCGUUUGAUUCGUCUAUCUUUGUUUCUUUCCUCUUUUUCUCACCUAUUGGGAAAUGAAUUGGAAAUAAUUAUUACUGUUUAACAAUGAGGGUAAAAAGGGGAAAAAUGGUACUCCCUCCGUUAACUAAUACUUAUCCACUUUUGACUUUGCAUGCCCUUUGAGAAGUAUAUAUUUUACUAUAAUACCCAUAUUAAUUGGUGUAUAAUUUGAAAAUGAGUAAUUAAUGUUAAGAGUAAAACUAGAAAAAAACUGUCUUUCUCUUCUCUUGAUAUGUUAAAAUGGACAAGUAAAUGUGAAAAUUUAUUUUAGAAUAGUGGACAAGUAAAAGUGAAUGAAAGGAGUAAAUCAUUUCUUCAUUUUUUAGACUGGACAAGUAGAAGUGCACAUCCAUUUUUGAUAUAGUGAACAAGUAAAAAUGGACGGAGCGAGUAUUAAUCCAUGUCUUGUGACUGCUAGGUUUAAGGGGAAGUUAGGUCUCUUUGUUGGUUUCUGAGGAUUUUUAUGUACAAAUCUUGGGUGUGUUUGGAUCAUAUCUAUGACCUUUUUCUAAUUUUACGAGAAAUUCCGUACUUCGAUUACGGAUUUUGAUGUCGUUACUGUUUAGAAUGCUUUGUUAUGCUUUCUGUAGUAUUUUGCGUUAUGUCCUUUUUCGAACUGCUUUGAAUUGUUAUCCUUGAGCUGAGGGUCUAUCGGAAACAACCACUCUACCUCCCAAGGUAGGAGUAAGGUAUGCGUACACUCUACCCUCCCCAGACUUCACUUUUUGUGGGAUUACACUGGGUGGGUUUUUGUUGGGAAAUUCGGUGUCGUGAUCUGAAUUAUGGUUUGAUAGAAGGGACUAAGUAGGAAUAUUGUGCUUGGAUUUAUAGGUGUAACUCAUACUUUUGUUUCAGAUUUCCAUUUUAUAGUUUUAUUCAAAUGAUGAAGUGGGAUUUUAGAGAGUUUCGUUCAACUAUUGCAGACAUGAGAACUAGUCAAUAUGCCCCAAAGUUCUGUCCUUUAUUUUUUAUUUCCAAGAGUCAGCUAAUGAUCUUUAACUAUGAUUUUUAAAUGUAUUUUAUCUUAUUUUGGCGGUGAAAAUUCUGGGAUUUAGAUCACUUUCUGGUGUAGUUUCUAAAUUGAAAAUUUUUUAUUUUCAAAAAAUGAGUUAAUCUGUGUCAGUUCAAAUAUAAAAUUGGUCAAUAUUACCAUCCAAAAGAAAAGGGUACUAAAAUGUUUUCUUUUGGGGUGUUCUUUACUAUUGUUGCUAUUGUAUGUUUAUAUUGGAAAUUUUUGGUCUUGUGACUUCCCUUUAUAUUGGAAAUGGAUUUUGUGAGAUCUGAGAUUAUUCUUAGGUAGUAUCAAAGUUUUCGAGGAUUCAAAGGAACCCACUUGCUCUUUUUCUUGAUUUCUCUGUAUAUCAUUUAUCAAAAUUUGGAUCUUGAUUCAAGUUUUACUUGUGUAUAGUGACAAUCUUGAGAUACCCUUUUGGGGUGGAGAUAAAAACAGUGAAAAUUGGUGCUUUAUGUCACGGACUUAGACUCCAAACUAAGCAUACCGUGCUGCACGCUUAGUUUAAGACUAAGGAUGUGACAUUUAGCUGUAAAAGUUGUACUGAUUUGGUGAAAAAGCUAAAAAAUUUAGACCCUUUUGGUUUUAGGUGAAAAUUGAGGACCUGUGAGAAUUGAAGCUUUUUGUUGUAUUAGUUUGGUGGGAAAGUUAAGAUCUGAUUUGUAGAAUUUGUCAUUUGAGUUUGUUGAAAAGUGAAGGCAUUAGUAGUAGAAAAUUGUAGAAUUUGUCAUUUGGGUUGUUUGUUUGUGUUUGCAAAAAUGCAGACUCAGUUUGAACUUUUGCUAAAACUGUUUGUUUUGAGUUGUUUUUCCCAAAAAAAAAAAAAAAAAAAAAAAAUUCGGGGAAAAAAGCUAUCUUCAAACACUCACUAAUUAGUAUAUCUGUACACAUGGUUAUGUAUAGUUUGUUGAUUUUUCCCACUACUCUAUGCUGAGCAGUUUUGAUCCUUGCGAAAGAAUGAGUAGUUAUUUGUAUCAAGUGCAGGAGGAGGGUCAGUUCAACUCUACAUGUUUUUUUUUUCUUACCUCGACUUAGAUGAAAUUAUGAAGCUUUCUAUUGUACUGGCCAAAUAGUGAAUAGAGGACUCACUAGGGGAAUCUAUUGCUUAACAAUUUAAGGAGAAACGGAGGCAGAAAUCAUCCACUAGUUUGUGGUGUUUGAUGAGUUUUCACGCACACAUUUAGUUCUUGAAGAUCAUAAUCUGUUUUAAAGCAUGUUGUGUACCUUUUGGUAUGUUUAAAAAGGGAUUAAGCAAGAAGGAAUUCCCUUGAUUUGUGACUCCAAUAGGCAGUUCUUGAUAGUCAUGACACAACGAAAGUCUUCAAGACUAAAGAAUAAAGCAACAAGAAUCACGUCUUUGGCAAACCAAAAAAAGUUUUUGCUGGCCAGAAGAACAACUGCUCCAGCUAGUUCUAUACGGUCGCUUCAGCUUCUGACAAAUGCAAUAGAAGAACAUCAGCUACUAGCGCCACAACAUCCAGAGGUAGGAGCCCAUAUACAAACUGAGUCAACCACCCCUGCAACACAAUCAGUAGAGGAACAUCCCGAGGUAGGAGCCCAUAUACAAACUGAGUCAACCACCCCUGCAACACAAUCAGUAGAGGAACAAGUGCAAUUGGAUUCUACUACUCUUGCAGGAAAUGAACAAUGCGAUGAGCAAGGCUCUUCCACUCAAAAAAGAAAAAGAGGUAAAACAAAGAUGCUAAAUGUACAUGGAAGGCAUGAACAUAAAUUGAUUGUACUAAAUGAGCACGGCGAACCUGUUGGUCCAAGUGAAGAUGAUGUGACAGAGUUGAGCAGCUUCCUCGGUACAUUGGCAAGGAAUACGACCCUCUGUCCUCUUGAUAUAUAUGAUUGGAGGAAAGUUAACACAAAAAAGGAUUUGUGGAAUUAUACCAAGGAGAAAUAUGAUAUUCCUGAUAUUGCGAAGAAAUGGACUUUGGGAAGAAUUCAAAAUGCUUGGAGAAGGCGUAAGCGUGAUUUGAAAAAAAUUCACUUUGAACCCUAUGCUAAUGACGAAAUCCGAAUGGAAAAAAGGCCUGAUGAUGUUCCAGCAUCUCAAUUUAAGGAACUUCUAAAAUAUUGGAACUCGGAAAAAGCCCAGAAAAUGUCCAAAAUCAAUGUUGAGAAUCGGAAAAAGUUGAAGAAUCCACAUACUGUUGGCAAAAAAAGCUUUGCUAUAGUCCGCAAUGAAUUGGCAAAAGAGAUGGAAACUUCUGAUCCUCUAUCACUUGAGGAAAUCUUUGUGGCUACAAGAAAAAGAAAGCCCGGUCGAUCAUACAAGGAUUCGGAUGAAGAUACAACUAGCAAGAUUGCUGAGAUGGUGAAUAUUGAAACGCAACAAAAUGAAGAUGGUAAUGAGUCAAUUAAUGCAUUUGUAUCCGUCACAGUACCUGAACAUUCGGGACACUUGAGAUUGUAUGGACGAGGGGUUACAAAAACUACUUUGAAAGGGAAAGUGGGACAUUUCGAACCCUCUUCAAAUGCAAUAAAUGAUCUCAAAAAGAUGGAAGAGAGGAUGAUAAGAUUGGAGGAAAAACUUCAGGAACAAAAGGAACAAUUUGAAGAACAAAAGACCCUGAUGAGACAAGAAAUUGUAGAAGAUGUCAUAACAAAACUUCAACGUUCAGGAUUACCAUUUGAUGCUAGCGUUUUAGCAACAUUGGGUGAAGCUUCCUCAACACGAGCAGCAGCUAUUCAGCCAAUUAAUCAUCCAUCUAUUGGUAGCAACAAUCAAGUAGGUGAAAGAAAUCUUUAUCUUUCAUGACCAAAAAAGAAAAAGGUGAAAGAAUUGAACAAAGCGGAGAUGAAAGCAGCGAAGACCUUACUUAAAGAGUAUUGGUUGAUCUACUUCUUCAGACACUCUAGGAUUGUUUUUAAUUUUGGACUUUACGCAAACUUAUAUGUAUUUUAACUCUUGAAUUGUCAGCCGACUACUUGGACAUUUUGGAUUAAGAUUUUUGGAUGAACGGAUGUAUAUGAACCAUGUGUGACAUUACAGAUUU